AACACGACCAGUCUCACUUCUUAUUUGGCACGGUACGCCCAUGACAACCAACCCAUACCUCGGCUGCCUCGGCGUGGUCCUCGCCGUCGUCUUCUUUGGGACGACGUACGUCCCUGCCAAGCAGUACCCGACCUACGACGGCAUGGUCUUCCAGUGGUAUAUGUGCUCGGGCAUCCUCGCCGUCGGCCUUGUCUGGGGCCUCGUCUCGAACGAGUGGAGCUACAUUGCCGAGAAGGGCAUGUUUAUGUUUCCCGGCGGUCUCCUCGGCGGCUGCCUCUUUGCGAUCGCCAACCUCUUGAUCCCGACCGUAGUCAACACGCUCGGUCUUGGCGUCGGCUUUAUGCUCUGGAACGGCGCCAACAUCACCAUGGGCUACGUUGUCUCGCGCUACGGCCUCUUUGGCGUCUACCCGACGAUCCCGACGUACCCGCGCAUCUCGGAGCUCGGCAUCCUCUUCAUGAUCGGAUCGAUCCUGGUCUACGGCAAGAUUCAGCCGACGCUCUCGACGCCCGCGGCCGUUCAACUCGAAGACCAGAACGCAACCGAAGCCAAGCCACUGCUUGAAAAGUCGUCGCCCGCGUCGUCGACGUCGUCGGCCCUCGAUUUAGACGUACCAGCGCUGCGCCGCGAAUCGCUCGCCCAGUCGCUCAUGCACCCAGAAUUGCCCAACUAUGGCCCCUUUACGAUUCCCAACGAGCGUGUCGAAGGCGCCGAAGACAUUGGCUCGGACGAGAAGAAGCGCCGCGUUGUUGGCAUUGCGUUGGCACUCUUUGUGGGGUGCCUCCUCGGCAACUGCCUCACGCCCUACGUGCUCUGGCAGCAGGCGUGCAACCACGCUGGGAAGGACUGCAACCCGCUCAACUUUCUCUUUAGCCAGUGCAUGGGCAUCUACAUCACGUCGACGAUCGCCUUUCUGCUCUACUCGACCGUGCACCGCAUCCGGAAGCGCCGCAUGCCCCGCAGCGCGCUCCGCCCAGCGUACGUCUCGGGCUUGCUCUGGGCGACGGGCCUCGCGGGCCAGCUCCUCUCGGCUGGCAACCUCGGCUUUGACCUGGUGUACCCCCUCACCGCGAUCGGCCCCGCCAUGGUGUCGAUGCUCUGGUCGGCGGUCUACUUCAAGGAAAUUGAAGGCCGCCGCAACAUGUGCAUUCUUGCCGCCGGCACGUGCAUGAUCUUUAUUGGCACGGCCCUCCGCGUCUAUGCGAGUUGAUACAUACUAGUACUAGUACGUCC